UGCCAGCGCGCUGGUAGCAGGUGGUUGUCUCUGCCCAACGGAGAGGAGGGGCCAGGCCAGGCCAGGCCCGUUCAGGCCCUAGGCCCUGCGCAGGCAGGCCAGCAGGCAGGCCAGCAGGGCCAGCAGGCCGAUAGGCGACAGGCCUGCAGGGCUCGCCGCAGGUAGUUCACCCGCUCGCCCGUCUGCCGACAUGUGCUUCUACAGGGACGCCCCGGCCGUGUCCUUCCAGAGCCCCUCGUGGCUGCACUGUGUGUGCGUGUGGUCGCACGCCGCCCGCGAGGCUGCCGCCCGCCAGGCCCAGGGCCAGGCCGCUGUCCGCCGCCCGCCAGCCUCCCGAGACCACCCGCCAGCGCUAGCGCCAGCGCCGACCUGUGGGCCCGUUGUGUAGCCGCGCCGCGCCCCACGGCCACGCCAUGCUGAGCCCCAAGAUGCAGCGCAGUGUGCGCGUCAACGACGCCCAGCUGGUGAUGCUCUCCGAGCGUGCCCAGGUGGACAAUUCACUGUCUGGGUACCUGCACAAGAGAGCGGGCGACUCUGGCAAGUGGCAACAGCGCUGGUUCAUUCUCUACCAGAACUUGCUGUUCUACUACGACUCUCAGUCGUGUACGCGUCCGUCGGGGGUCGUGAUGCUGGAGGGGUGCUACUGUGAGCGCCUUAUUACUUCAGGCUCCAAGAAGGACAACUCCCUGGACAAGCAGCACUACUGUUUUGCCAUAUCUUAUCGACGAGACAACAUACGACAGUAUGAGCUAAGAGCCUCGUCGGAGACAGACUGCAAGAUGUGGAUCGAGGCUAUCCGGGAAGCAAGUUUCAACAAAGUGCUGAUGCAAAAGGAAGAGCUGGAGCAGAAGCACUUGCAUCUGCUCCAAAUAGUGGAGAGCGAAAAAACGGCUAAAUGGCAAUACACCCAGCGUUGCGAGGAGCUCGACACGGAGAUCAAGAAACUACGAGCUGAGCUGUGUGCCCUGAAAAAGGAGCUACGACCGGACGUCUGUGGCGCGCCUACAACGCAACCAACAACCGUCGUAGACGGCACGGGCGUCCCCGCGGACAGUGACACAGGCGAGACACUCGAGCUGCGCAAGAUCAAAAAGGUGCAGAGCUUCUUCCGUGGAUGGUUGUGCCGCCGGCGCUGGAAACAGAUCGUCGAGCAGUACAUCAAGUCCCCGCAUGCCGAAAGCAUGCGGAAAAGAAACAGCCUUGUGUUUCGUAUGGUGGAAGCGGAGGAGGAGUACAUGGAGCAGAUGGAGGUGCUAGUGUCGUGCUUUCUCCGGCCUUUCAAGAUGGCCGCAUCUUCAAAGAAACCACCCUGUUCGCACGAAGACGUCAACUCCAUCUUCCUGAACUCGGAGACUGUCCUCUUCCUCCACCAAAUCUUUCUGAAGGGUCUCACAUCACGUAUGGAGUCUUGGCCAACCCUCGUCCUCGGCGACCUGUUCGAUAUGCUUCUGCCAAUGCUGAGCAUUUAUCAGGAGUACGUUCGGAACCACCACUACAGCGUUCAGGUGCUGACAGAGUGCAUGAAGAGCCCGACAUUCGCGGCUCUCGUGCACCGGAUGGAAGAGAAGCCCACAUGCCAGGGCCGCUCGCUCGCCACCUUCCUCACCUACCCCAUGCACCAGGUACCGCGGUACGUGACCACGCUGACGGACCUGCUCGCGCACACACCACACGACCACGUGGAACGCAAGAGCCUCAUGAACGCCCAGCACCAGCUGGAGGACCUCUCCCGCCAGAUGCACGACGAGGUCAGCGAGACAGAAAACCUCCGCAAGAACCUAGCUGUGGAGCGGAUGAUCGUGGAGGGUUGCGACAUCCUGCUGGACGUCAACCAGGUCUUCGUCAGACAGGGGACCCUGAUACAGUUGCCCAACGACAAACGCACCAACAGGUCGCGCCUCGCGAGUUUCAAGAGCGAGAAAGAGGCCGUGCGCCAAUGCUUCCUUUUUUCCAACCACCUCAUCAUCGCCACCAGGGCCUCCAACGGCCGUUUGCACCUCGUGCCCAACGUGGGCAAAAUUCCCCUGGCUGAUGCCAUGCUAAUAGAGGACCCCAGCGACCCUGGGACUGCGGAUGACGACGAGUCGUCUAUCUGCUCGAUGUCCUCCCAGUCGUCUGGGGUAAGCGAGGCGUCGAGCCGGGGGACACCCUCCCAGUGGCACAACAAAGACUUUAAGAUCGUCGUGGACUCCGUAAAGACGGGGUCCGGCUCUUGCUCAUCCUCCGUGCAGAUUUCGGUCCAUCUGCUGGCCCCGACCAUGCAGGAGAAGGCGGCAUGGAUCUCCGACAUAACACAGUGCAUGGACAAUGUCCACUUUAACGACCUACUCCACAUGUCCAUCUCGGACACUUCUUCGGUCACCAUGCCUCAGUCCAUCAAGAACGACCCCAAGCUCUUCAAGGAUGAUGUUGACAUCCGGUUCAGCCGGACCCAAGUCAACUCCUGUAAGGUUCCUCAGAUCCGGUAUGCCACGCCAGAGCGGCUCCUCGAACGCCUCACGGAUCUCCGCUUCCUGUCGAUCGACUUCCUCAACACUUUUCUGCUCACGUAUCGCGUCUUCACGGACAGCGUCACGGUGCUUGAGGCCCUGAAGAAGGUUUUCUAUAACGCUGAUCCACCUGAAAUGUCCAACGACGGCAUAAGCAUCCUGCUGGAGGACCAGAUAUCCGGGCUCUUCGAGGGCGAUAGACGCCGCAGUAGCGCCUUUACGACUCCAAGACGCGUCAGCGGGGCUAGCUCGGUGUCCGGUUACGGCUCUGAGAUGAGUGACCGCAGUCAUAGCUACGACUCGCAAGGCUUCCGCUGGCGGGCUAAUGUCCGAAAAUUCGAGGAGGAGCAUAUGAACCGACUGAGGGAAGGUGUAGCUGGCGCGCUUCAGCAACAGCAGCAGCAGCAACAACAGCAGCAGUCACAGCCCCAGACGCAGCAGCAGCAGUCGCAGCCUCAGACACCAGUGCGCCGUGUGUCAAUCCGCGUCGAACACGAAAGUGAGGACACGACCCACCUGAUGGUCCCAGGCGGGGCUGGUGGAGCGACAACCACGACGUGCAGUGCGUCGAGCAGCUCCGAGACGUUGGUUGGUAACACAGCCGCGCCCUCCUCGCCCAGUGGGCUAAGCACCGUGACCCUGGUGCCCUCUACCAGCACCAGCCCAACACCAUCAGUGCAGGGAAGCCAGGACUCGUCAGGCAAGAGCCAGGAGUCCGUCAACACCGUCAUCGAGAAGGAGCAGAAGGAGGGGCAGGGCGAGAAAGAAAGUGAAAAGGAGAAGGAGCGAGCCGAAGAGAAAGAGAAGGACGAGAAGGAAAAGGAGACGGGGAAGGAAAAGAAGAACAGUCAACAGGACAAGGAGAAGAAAGCCAAAGGCAAGGACAAGGCAAAGGACAAAGACAAGGACAAGGACAAACUGAACGGCGAGGAGAGCGAGAAAGACAGGGUCCCCCCUCUCCGCUGCCGCAGCAGCCGCCUGGGGGACCGACGCCCCUCGGCGAGCGAGCGCAGGCCCUCCAUCAUCAUGACGAACGCGGCAGGCCGCAUGGAGCGGCGCCUCUCGUACAGCGAGCGCCGGCCCAGCGCCGACAACUCUUCCUCGUCGUCGCGACGCCCCAGCUCGGCCGAGCGCCGGCCCUCGUCCUGCGACCGCCGCCUCUCCUCCAGCGAGCGACGCUCGCCACGUAGCCAGGCCAAGAGAAAGAGCUCGGACUGCGGGGGCAGCGGAUACGGUGGAUCGUGGAAGCGGGACAGCAUCACGACAGACCCCUGGACGUCGGAGGACAGCCAGGACACGCCCCGGUCGAGCGCGCGCUCUGCUUCCAUCGCCUCCUCGGCGCUGAGCUACUACAGCGGAGGCCGCCGCCUCACACAGGACUCUACCAUCUCCAUGAUGAGCAGACCGAGUAUCCAGCACGACCUGCCGCAGGUCUCGAGCAAGGCCGGGGUAGUCAUCACGUCCUCCCGGCAGUCGCACCGCAGGUUGGUCUCAGCCCCACCCCUGUUGUCGAAUGGGUGGCCUAUCUCGCCGGCGCCCUCCCCUCAACACAACAGCCGCUUGAGAUAUACUCGCUCGCGUUAUCGAGGAAAUGAAGUGCGCGUACAAUUUUUGAAUAUUCUUUUACGUAACUGCUGUACGCGAUCAAUAUUCUUUCGUGUUAAUGAAAGAUGCAUGCUGUUUGUGCUAACACCAAGUCUUCGUCUGUCUGUCUCUGUCACUCUCACUCUUGAACUUCUUAAUUUCUGUGACUUUGACCAAGACCAGAAGCUGAAGAGCCUGACGAUUCAGUUUCUAGAAGACAUCCAGUGCAGUCCGAGCCUCCUCCCCGCCGAGUACAAGGCCGCAGGCCAGCUGCUUCGGCUCAUCACGAAGGAGGAGCCAGAAAAUUCCAAGGUGGACCUCAACGUCCUUUUGGCCCCACCGACCUCACCGAGCAAAGAAAACAUCGAGACCCUUUCGGCACUCGAGAUUGCUGAGCAGAUGACGUACUUAGACCAUCAAAUUUUCGUGUCGAUUUGCAGCGAAGAGUUCCUUGGUCAAGCUUGGAUCAAAGAAGACAAAAACGUGAAGGCGCCACGCAUCGAGGCCAUGACGAAGCGUUUUAACCAGAUGUCCGCGCUCGUAGUGAGUGAGAUCAUCCGUCGGCCCAACAUCACGGCGCGCGUGGCCGUCAUCGAAAAGUGGGCCGCCGUGGCGGACAUCGCACGCUGCCUCCACAACUUUAACGGUGUCUUGCAGAUAUGCGCUGCAUUUAACAAUAACGUCGUCUUUCGGCUCAAGAAGACCUGGGAAAAAGUGUCUAAGACGACAAAGCAGACAAUUGACAAGCUGCACGGGAUCGUGUCCUCGGACGGCCGGUUCCGGAAUCUCCGCGAGGCGCUGCACCGAUGUGACCCGCCCUGCAUCCCCUACCUGGGCAUGUACCUCACCGAUCUGUCCUUCAUUGAAGAAAGCACGCCCAAUUUCUCUCACGACAAACUCCUCAAUUUCUCUAAAAUGAGAAUGAUCGCCCACGUAAUCCGGGAGGUGCGCAAUUUCCAGCAAGUGCCCUACAAAAUAGAGCACAUGCCUAAGGUGACCAACUACCUGCAGGACACAGCACUGGUCCUGGACGAGGAAGAGAUGUACCGCUUGUCCCUGGAGAUCGAGCCGCGCGCGUCCCGUCUCAGUGCGGCGAACACGGCAGCCAUCGUGAGCGUCACUACCAGCCACAACAGGUUGUUCCCGUCUGGAUCGCAUGACCGCGACAGGUGAAGCAGUCCCAACAGCCGAACAGAGCGACUGCGCUAAGCUUCCCCAUGGUCUUCCCCCGCAGCCCGGAACGCUGGUUCCACCGCGGCCUCGCGGAUGUCGAACCACAGCAGUCGCUGUUAUUUGGAUGUCCCCUAUUUACGAAUUAAAUAUUUGUUUUAUUUUAAAGACGACGACACCGUUUCGUUUGCUGUUUCUCUCUUGGCUGACACCUAGUUGAGACAAUCGUAUAGUGAUCAAACAAAGUGAUAGUAGGCUCUAUUAUUGUGACGCUUGUACACUUGGUAGCAGAAUCGGAAAAUUGUUGUACGGAUUUCGUCAAUGUUUUGUUUAGCAAGCUUUGACGCUUACUGUAAUUUAAGCACGCCGAACUUGGCGGGCGAAUGGCGCCCAUUGUGUGGAAAAAUCAAAAACUCGUGUUUUUGUUGACUCAGUGGCUAACUCUUCCUUUUAGAUGCAACGUAAACUUUUCAUGAGGCAACACACGCGUACGCACACACACACACUGGAAAAACAAAGGUGUAUUAUUUUACGGUUCCCUGGGUGUUCAAUCCGUUUAAGGGGUGCAUAUUUGAAGGUGGUUUUCAAAAUAUUUUCUGUAUGUGCCUCAAAUUUUGGAAUAUAUUUUCCCAUUCCUCGUAAAAUUCUGCGUCGAAAGGGCCUCCAUGCGUACAAGUAAAGUUCAAGUUUAAAAAAAAAAAAACUACAAAAUAAAGUGCAAUCAAUUUAUACAAUUUUCCAAAAGAAUCCCACCUCAUGUUUGCUGUUCGACGCAUGAUUUUUGUGUAGAUUUCGUAAAUGGAAAUGGGUCUUCAAAUAUACAAUUGUUAUUAAUAGGAAGAAAAUAUUUUGAAAAGACAAACUGUCUUUCAGUAGUGCUUUAAUGCCUUUUGAAGAUUGGAUUUUACCUUUGUUUUAUCAGUGCACACAAAUAAAGAACUUGGCUACGUUUUUAUUAUAAAUGCAGAUAAACAAUCCAUUUUUUAUACCCCAUGAGUUUGAUUUUGUAGGAAAUGUGUUUAUUGUUACAUGAGCAUUCGCUGAUAUCAGCACAUUUGCGUAAAUUCGCGCCUCGUUGUAUCACCGCCAAACUUAAGAGGUGUUUUCUUGAGACUUAUUUCGGUAGCACCUCACAAUUUUGUCUCAUUUGUGGCGUGUGUUUGUAUGAAUAAGCAUCUCGUUACUUUCGUUGUCGGAGAUCAAAAUUGUUACUUAAGGUAGUUAAAUUGUGUACAUAUAGCUCACUCGUUUCUUGUUGUUGGAUUUAGGGCGUGGGUCAACCUUUUUUGUCUGUAGCGAUCCGCAAUCAUUAAAUAUUACAACUUUUGUCAUCAGAGUAAUGUCAAUGUGACAUUUAUUUUGGUCGUACUCGUAAAGAUGCUAACUUUUCGCCUCAACAUACGUAACAUAAGUUAUCGCAGAGAGCUGUGAAAGAAGAACAACAUGAAUGGUAGCGCUUUUGCGCUAGAUCGGGCCGCCCACUCCAUGCAGCGUGAUUUGGAUACUUUGGAUACUCACUGAAGCUGGUUUUCCCGAGGGUUUUACGAAAAUAUUAACCAAACUAUGUGAUAAUUAUAUUUUGUGAUUCCGGUGCUAAGUGCCGCGAUACCUUCUUUCUAUCGCAAAGUGAAUUGCGAUGUAGGUAUAGAGAGAAAUAAUGCGAUAAAUUUGUAUUACAAAUUAUUGUAAUACAAUGACAUUUUAAAAUAUGUUUUGCGAUAAAAUGUUAUAGUAUCAUAUUUUUUGCAAUGAUUUUAUCCCUGUUAUUGCUAUCGAAAAUCAGUUUUGCAAUAUGAAAGGGGCAAGAGCGAGGAGGGGGGGAGAGUCACGUUGCCCACUGGUAGAGACAGUCAUGAGGACUAUCUCAAACUGCUCGCGCCCAUUAGCAUAGUAAUCAUAAAACACCGGUUACAGCCAAAAUUCAGUGGAAUUAUUGCAAAACGGAUUGCAGUGCUCGGCCGCGACCCGUGCAAGCGCCAAAAGCGGUGUUCUUCGUGCUGUUCUUCUUUUCCAUCUCUCCGAAAUAGCUAAUUGUAAGCAGCAUCCUCCCCUUUGCCGAGUCUCCAUUGAUAAUCAUAAUCAUACCUGUCUGAAAGGGAGAGGACGUGAAAUGAUUCUGUGAAUGUGAAGCUAGUUGACGGUAGUUAUCGCGGGCGAUGUUCUACCCAUACAAAAUAUCUUCCUCUGUACUUUAUGAUCAUUUUUUUACUUCUUGUUGUUGUCUCUUGCUGUACAGGGUUCAACUAUGAGAUCCCGUAGAGAAGAGUUUCGAAGAUAGUUUAUUUUCUUUGCCCUUCGUUUUGGGAAGGUCUUGUCAAGAUAGUAAAGGUUUGCACAGGGUUUGUGUCGAUGCGACGCAGUUGUAAGGAAACUCAAUCUAGUUCUAGGAUAUUUAUUUCCGUUUUUCAUUCCCUAGUAACUGACAAAGGUGACUGCCCGAGGUUGAUUUGUACAUGUUCUCAUGGCAACUUUCAGUAAUUCAUAAGCCGUCGUAUUACCUUCUUCUGUUAAACCUUACCUGACGUAGGUUAGUUUAUCGAAGUUCUUCCAUGGCUGUGCGUAACUUAAUUUUUGGUAUUUUCUAUCUCCUUAUAGUUUAUCUAUCUUGAUUCUAUUCAUUCCCUUUGGUCUCCUAUUCUUAACCGCGAGUCUCUUAAAAAUGCAUAUCAUCAACGCAAGUCUCAGUCUGAAUGUUGAUUUAGUAAUAAUAAUAGAAAAAUCAAAUUUCGUAAAUGACGUCGUCGGCUUUUUGCUAAUCAGAAAAAAAUUCUAAUGUAAUUCCAACUGCAACCUUUACGUGAAGAGUAAGUAUUGAGUUCUUAACCAAUUGAAUUUUCGAAGUACAGUUACAUUAAUGACGAGCAUCUAACAAAAUUAGGCCGGACCGAGCCACGUUUUAGGCAACGUGAAUACCCGCACUUUUUUGUAAGCCUAUAAUGGGCGGGGUUUGUAAGGACCUAUAGAAAGGGCGGAGGCACCCCCCCCCCUCCCGGCGCGGCUUUAAAAACUCUCUUCUUUUUUUCUCUUUUUCUUCCACGCCUAAAGUAAUGCCCGCUCCGCACCAAACUGGUAAAAGAAAGGUGUGACGUUACUUAUGUGUUUCCUGCUUGUAAUAUGAAAUUGUUGAUGGACUGUCGGGCGGUACGUGUGUGAUAGCCGAUUGACAGUUCCGUGCUACUCGGCUCGGGUACGUAUAAAUAUCGAUGUAUGCAAGGCUAGGAGGUUUACACUUCACUGGUAAAACAAGUGUUUAAUUUUGCACGUUAAUUGACGUUUAAGUUCAAGUGUGCAUUUUCUCGACACUUUGUGGUGUCUAACUAAGUCAUACGUCAAUUGAUGUUUAAACUUUCGACACUUCCGAAACGUAUAGCAGCAGCCCACCGUAUGGUUCCCUAUUGACAGCAGAACUGUGUGUGUCCAAGUGUGCAGAAUUUAAACGUUUACAAAACGUCGAAAAUUUGCACACCACGCAAGUGUGCAACUUGAGUUAGACACCAUGUAAUGUGCAAAAUCACAACUUUCACACGUUGGUGUGCAAAUAUUGCACACUUGUUUUACCAGUGUUGCGUAAUACAAUGUACACGCGUAGGUGUAAUACCCAAAAGUAGGAAAAUAUGCGCUGACAUUGUAGAAUUUUGAUUUCAAAAGCUUGUUUCACAACGGCGUAAUACCGCGUAAAAUAUAAUACACAUAAUCUCGGAAAAUGUUUGGUUGAGUUCUUAUCUUUGUUGCACUCGGCGACUGAAACGACUUGCGCUGUUGAAGAUUACUCUAAGAAAAAGUUUCAAACCUGUUGUUCUCUUUCGUAUGCAUCGUCAUGCAGCGGAAAGAAUGUUCUAUCUAAAGCCUAAAAUGUAUUUUUCUAUACUUUUCUCCCUUCUUGCUGUAUGGUGGUUGUUACAAGUUGUGUGCGUGUUUUGUUAACAUGCUGUCGAUAAAAAUAGGCCUGGCGUUAUUUGGGUAAAUUUUUGCGUACAUUCCUUGUAACUUCCGCAAUGAUUUUUAUCGUGAGAGUAUAAAAACUCAAGCAUAAGAUUCUUUGUGAUGUUUUUUUUUUUUUAUCCAUGCAUUUGCGGUAAAUGCAAUUAUAUACAAUUAAUUGCGCUGUCAAUUGCGCCUGUUCCACGCACAUUCUCUGAAUGUGAAUGGGUUGUUUGUUUGUCAUGUUGUUUGGUGCAACAUUGAUAUUUGUUAUUUACCCCAUUUGGGGCCCCCAAUUCCUAAUGGAUAUUGAUUUUUUCAUUUAGAAUUAUCGUUCUAUUUUAUUAUGAAUGGUCGUACCGCUUUCUCCCAAGUUUCUUAUCUCUUAAACCAUCUCGGCAAGUUCAAGUUGCGAGUUAAUGUCCAAAAAGACGUAUUUCAGAAAAAAAAAGUUCUGUUCUUUCGGGAGCCAGCAAAACACCUAAAUGCGCUUAAAAUAUCUGUAAUUAAAGACUGCUGCUUUAAAUUUUUUAACUAUUAAUAAUAUCGGUCUUUAAUUUCAUGAAGCCGCUGGUCCUUUUAGGUCCUGCAUUAUUCCUUCAAAAUCAAGAUGUCAAAAUUAUUCCAUGAUCAAGUAAAUCUCUGCCAUAAGUAUGAUUGUUGUAUUUACCACUUGUGUUUAAUGUGAGUUUUACGUCCUGUAGCCAUUUCGUUUCAACCUCUUUCCGUUAAUCACGACGCAGCUACGCAGUUCCAGUUUCAAAAGAUGUAUAUUUUCAGAAGAUUCUGUUGGUUUAUGACAGACAUUCGCUGGACACGUAAAAUAAACGUGUCAUGUUGUAUUAAUUGUACAAAUAUAUUUGCGGGAUCCCGUUUCUGAAAGUUGUAAUGUAGAUAUGAGGUAGAAUUUUCUCCUCAUGCACACUCAAAAUGAGUCUUCUGCAGAAAUUUUGUAUUAAAUUUUCUUCAAAUAAAUCGAUUUGUCUGGCAA